GUGAUGGCAACAAAGAGCAACAAAGAUAUAUUCGUAGGUGGAUUUAAGAAACUAUUGAGUGAACAAUGGCAAGCUGAUGUACGUCUCAAGGCAGGGGACAGUGAUGAGAGUGCUAUCUUUGCCCACAAGCUUUUCUUGGUAGCAAGAUCAGAGGUGUUCAAGAAGAUACUGGAAUCAGAUGAGUUCAAGGCUUCAGCUAAGCUGGUUGAGACAGUCACUCUCUCGGAGAUGAAACACGAAGAAGUCAUAGCUUUAGUAGAGUUCAUCUACAGCGUCGAUGGCUCCAUUUCUUCUGAAAGUCUCAAGAAACAUGUUCGGUCACUCUUUCUUGCAGCCGACAAAUAUGAGAUUCCACAUCUAAGAGACCUAUGCAGAAACGAGCUUAUAUCAUCUUUGAGUCCAUCAAAUGCUCUUAGCAUCCUUGAGCUCGCCCAAAUCCCUUUUGACAAAGCCCUCAAUGAUGCCGCCUUCACUAAAAUUAUAACCAACAUGAGUACGAUUGCUAGUGGUGAGGAGUUCAAGCUGUUUGUGGUCAACUACCCAACUCUUGCCGUGGAGAUAAUGAAGGCUUCUAUAACUCGGCUUAGUAGCAAAAGAACCUGUGGUUACUGUGGUCGUUCCUGCUAA